UGAAGGUCAUGAUUUAGUAUGAAUAAAGUUAAGGUCACUUGAGAAAAUAAGUGAUUAGUCAUUUUACAGAAUAAUAUCUUCAAAAAAACUUAGAAUAGUGAAUUUAGUAAUGGCUGUAAAAUAUUGAGUUGAGUUGUAUUCAUCACUUGCGUCAAUUCAUAUGCUGAAUACCCACAAGUUAUGUUACUACUUGUUGUGCAGUUUGUUCUUUCCUAUAAUGCAGCUUAUGCUUUGGAAAAAAGUCAAGGCGCUCUUGGACCUCGCAUUUUUACAUUUGUCCAUGGUGAUGUAGAUGCAAAACUUAAUUUCUCUGCAGCGGAACGUUACUGUAAAUCUGUUGGAGGGCUAUCUGAUACAAAUAACAUGGAUGAUUCAAAAAAUAAACAGGACCGUCAGCACCUGAUCUCCAAUCCAUCACAAAGUUAUAAGGAUGGAAUGGUCCUACGAACGUCUCUGGCAUCCGUUCAUUCAUAUCCAGAAAAUCUAGCUUUGGUAAAGUGGGUAGCCAAACAAGAAAAGCAUUCAUUUUGGAUAGGAGGUAAAAUUACUAAAACAAUGAAUGAGUUUACAAGACCCAUUUAUGUUUUGCACUGGGUUGACGGUAGUAAAAGUGAUUUCAGUCUUAUUCGCUUACCUAAUCCAGAAAUAACUUCCAUGCGAAUUGGUGAACAAAGAUGCACGUCUGUUGAUUAUAGUUCUGGACAGUGGGGGGUUCACUUAUGUUCUGAAAAGAGAUAUUUUGUUUGCCUUACAGUUCCAGUCCUCAAUACAGAAAAUCAGGAAACUACUAAGCAGAAGGAAAAAUCAUCACCCUCUUUGGAAAAGAAAUCUGAAACACACGAUGCUUUAAUUGAUGAUGAAAUGGGAAGUACGUUAUUAUGAUUAGUGUGAUAUCUUGAAGAUUCAAUAAGUAGGUAGAAACAAAAGUCCUGAUAAUCAGUGUUAAAUGUUUAAUAUUUUUCUUUGUUGUUUGUAUAUAGAAUGAAAAAUAUACAAAUAUACUGUUAAAAA